ACCCUGGCAGGCUGGAGAGGAGGCAGGAGACCGGAGACAGCCUGGCUAGAGCGGACAAAGGCAUCUGGACAAGCCUCCCCUGAAGAAACCAAGGUUGUCUUACUGGUCUUAUAUAUUAAUCCUCUUUCUUCUACCUUGGAGGGACCCUCACCUUGUACCCUUACCUCAGCCUCCUCCCCAAACCUGGCUAAGGAGUGACCCACUCCUAGGCCUCUGUCUGCAAAGUAACUGGCUUACAGCCCACAGGAUCCCAGCCCAGGGCCUACAUCCUCACCAUGGUGAAGUUGCUGCCUGCCCAGGAGGCAGCCAAGAUCUACCAUACCAACUAUGUGCGCAACUCAAGGGCUGUGGGUGUGAUGUGGGGCACGCUCACCAUCUGCUUCUCGGUACUGGUCAUGGCCCUCUUCAUCCAGCCCUACUGGAUCGGUGACAGUGUUAACACACCCCAGGCAGGCUACUUUGGCCUUUUCUCCUACUGUGUGGGCAACGUGCUGUCCUCUGAACUCAUCUGCAAGGGUGGCCCGCUGGACUUCUCCUCCAUUCCCUCUAGAGCCUUCAAGACUGCCAUGUUUUUUGUGGCCUUGGCCAUGUUCCUCAUCAUUGGCUCCAUCAUCUGCUUUAGCCUCUUCUUCGUCUGCAACACGGCCACUGUCUACAAGAUCUGCGCAUGGAUGCAGCUGGCUGCAGCCACAGGCCUGAUGAUUGGCUGCCUGGUCUACCCAGAUGGUUGGGACUCAAGUGAGGUGCGUCGCAUGUGUGGGGAGCAGACGGGCAAGUACACACUGGGUCAGUGCACCAUCCGCUGGGCCUUCAUGCUGGCCAUCCUCAGCAUCGGAGAUGCCCUCAUCCUCUCCUUCCUGGCCUUUGUGCUGGGCUACCGGCAGGACAAGCUCCUUCCUGAUGACUACAAGGCAGAUGGAAAAGAGGAAGUCUGAAGCAGCUGAAGUUCGGUCAACUGUUUCCCUGACAAUGGAAAAUUAAGGAAUCGAAUUCUUCAAAGAUAAAAACUUGUUCCUUCCAUGCUUCUCUGUCCUUGGCUACUGUAGAUGUGAUGUUCUGAAGCCUUUCACCACAGGAUUAGAACCUGACAUUGAAACAAGGCCUCCUACUGUUUACAGAAGACUUUCAGGGGAAGCAGAACCGCAGUGAUCCAGAUCAGAGAUACUGAGAGAGACAUGGGUGGUAUUCUCCUGAUGGGGCCCCAGGUCUCUUCGUAUCCCCUUUACAUCAGUGAUCACUUUAUCCCCUCGAAGCCUCUCCUCUGUAAAAUGAGAGGGCAUUAUAAUGAGUCCACAGGGCAUUAUAAUGAGUCCACAUCUGGGGCCUCCCAGGUCUGCGUCUUCCACAGCCUGCCUGCCUGAGGAUACAUUUAUUUGAAGGCACACUAGAAACUGCCACCCAGCUCUAAAAGGGCAGCUGAGGAAGGGGUUGUUAAGCGUGCUAGGCCAUUUCAGGUGGAAGUUUUGGGGGUCUUUGUUUCUCCUUUCUCACAUUUUGUUGUCUUAUUGAUGAUCGGGGUGGGUAAGGAAUGGAGGGGCCACCAGAACCUGAAUCCUUCAGAAAGUCCUAUAAAGAUUGGGUGAACACAAGAUCUAAAAACUCAGGAGACUAAAAUGACUCUCUUCUUUGGACCCCAACAUAACAUUCCCUUAGUACCUACACUGACCCAAUCAGAACUGGCCACUGGCUUUGAGAAAUUUACUUGUGUCCAAGUAAUUUGUUAGAUUACAUUUCUUAUAAAAAAAAAAAUACUCCCAAUUUGGCACUCUAAAUGGUGCUUCUGCCAGCCUCCAGAGGGGAACUCAGUUUAGGUGAUACCUCAUUGUAGCAAAUGCCAAGACAAAAACAGGUUCUUUAGGCUACUUCCUGCCUGGGGAUGGUGCAUAGAAACCGGGUUUUGCUGAUCAUCCGCAGUGGAUAAACCUGCCGAACAGGUGUUUUUCUCCUGGUCUUGUGCAUUCACCCAGUGAAGAGAAAAAGUGGGUGCUGGUAGAGAGGAGAGGAGGUAAACACUGAACAAAACUGUAUUGGAUCAAACUGAGGGUUGC